GCGGGCCUAAAAAGGUUUCACAUUUCUCUCUCUCUCUCUCUCUCUCUUCUCCGUCAAUGCCUUCUCCUCUCACAGUCACAGGGUCUGUUUGUUAGGGUUUCCUUUUUUUCCAUUUCCCCCCUUUCUCCCACACUAUCUCUUUCCGCAUUUUCCCAAUUAGGAUGUGUCAUUGAGACAGAAGAAGAAGAAGAAAUUGGAGGGGGUGUGUGAUCGGGUCCUCAGGUGAAGAUCUGAGGCUGUUGGUGUCUCUUUUCUUUUCUCCGAGUUCCAAAGAUGAGCGCUUCUAGGUUCAUCAAGUGCGUCACUGUUGGGGAUGGUGCUGUGGGCAAAACCUGUUUGCUUAUUUCCUACACCAGCAACACUUUUCCCACCGAUUAUGUGCCGACUGUUUUUGACAAUUUCAGCGCAAAUGUGGUUGUCAAUGGGAGCAUUGUGAAUCUGGGUUUGUGGGAUACUGCUGGACAAGAGGAUUAUAACAGAUUAAGACCUUUGAGUUACCGUGGUGCCGAUGUUUUCAUACUGGCUUUCUCUCUCAUAAGCAAGGCCAGUUAUGAAAAUGUCUCUAAAAAGUGGAUUCCGGAGUUGAAGCAUUAUGCUCCUGGUGUCCCCAUUAUUCUGGUUGGCACAAAGCUUGACCUUCGGGAUGAUAAGCAGUUCUGCAUUGACCAUCCUGGUGCCGUACCUAUUACCACAGCUCAGGGAGAAGAGCUUAGGAAGCUGAUUAAUGCGCCAGCUUACAUUGAAUGCAGUUCAAAAACACAGGAGAACGUGAAGGCAGUCUUUGAUGCAGCCAUAAGAGUUGUCCUUCAACCACCUAAGCAGAAGAAAAAGAAGGGUAAAGCACAAAAGGCCUGUUCGAUAUUGUGAUUCACUAGGUGUUAACAUUUGACUGCCCUUUGUUCUCCCUGUAUUACCCUCCCCUUCUUUAUUUUUAUCAUUUCCUUGCUAUUGAAGAAGUUGUAGUUUAUGUGGGUGUUCCUCAGACAAAUACUCUAGAUCUCCUUGAAGCAUAAGUUGGCUUAAUGCUUUCCUUUCUUUGAAUUAUUGUAAACUCUAAUAGUCAAAUUUGCAUUUCAUGAUUCCCACCUUUUUUUCUUGUAACUUUCGUUUUGAUUUAUGUAUUAAUAGACUGGAAUAUCCAGUUAGGAUAA